AUGGUAAGAUCCAAUCAGACCUCACCUGUCAUUGGAUUCGUUCUUCUGGGACUGUCAGCCCACCCAAAGCUGGAGAAAACGUUCUUUGUGCUCAUCCUGCUGAUGUACCUGGUGAUCCUGCUGGGCAAUGGGGUCCUCAUCCUGGUAACCCUCAUUGACUCCCGCCUGCACACACCCAUGUACUUCUUCCUGGGGAACCUCUCUUUCCUGGACAUCUGCUACACAUCUUCUUCAGUCCCCCUCAUUCUAGAUAGCUUCCUCACUCCCAGGAAAACCAUCCCCUUCUCAGCUUGUGCUGUGCAGAUGUUUCUCUCCUUUGCCAUGGGAGCCACAGAAUGUGUGCUCCUGGGCAUGAUGGCCUUUGAUCGCUAUGUGGCCAUCUGCAACCCCCUUAGAUACCCUGUGGUCAUGAGCAAGGCUGCCUACAUGCCCAUGGCUGCUGGCUCCUGGGCAGCUGGAAUCACCAACUCUGUAGUGCAGACAUCCCAGGCAAUGCGACUGCCCUUCUGUGGCGACAACAUCAUCAACCACUUCACCUGUGAGAUCCUGGCUGUCCUGAAGUUGGCCUGUGCUGACAUCUCUAUCAAUGUGAUCAGCAUGGUUGUGGCCAACAUGAUCUUCCUUGCAAUCCCAGUCCUGUUUAUUUUUGUCUCCUAUGUCUUUAUCCUCACCACCAUCCUCAGGAUUCCCUCAGCUGAGGGGCGGCAAAAGGCCUUCUCUACCUGCUCUGCCCACCUCACCGUGGUGGUUGUCUUCUACGGGACCAUCCUCUUCAUGUACGGAAAGCCCAAGUCUAAGGACCCACUGGGAGCUGACAAACAGGACCUUUCAGACAAGCUCAUCUCACUUUUCUAUGGGGUGCUGACCCCCAUGCUCAACCCCAUCAUCUACAGCCUGAGGAACAAGGAUGUGAAGGCCGCUGUGAGGAACCUGGUGGCUCAGAGAACAGUUAACUGA